AACGUGAAGUCUCCGCGGUGCCUGAUGGGGCUGUUCCGAAGCCGGGAGCUGGUGCUGCCGGGCACCCGCUCGCUCCGGCUGCCGCCGUCUCUGCCGCCUCAUGGCGGCCAUCGGAGUUCACCUAGGCUGCACCUCAGCCUGCGUGGCCGUCUAUAAGGAUGGCCGGGCUGAUGUGGUUGCAAAUGAUGCAGGUGACCGAGUUACCCCAGCUGUUGUUGCUUACUCAGAAAAUGAAGAGGUUGUUGGAUUGGCAGCAAAGCAAAGUAGAAUAAGAAAUAUUUCAAAUACAGUAAUGAAAGUAAAGCAGAUCCUUGGCAGAAGCUCUGAUGAUCCGCAGGCUCAGAAAUACAUCAUGGAAAGUAAAUGUUUAGUCAUUGAAAAAAAUGGGAAAUUACGAUAUGAAAUAGAUACUGGAGAAGAAACAAAAUUUGUUAACCCAGAAGAUGUUGCCAGACUGAUAUUUAGUAAAAUGAAAGAAACAGCACAUUCUGUCUUGGGCUCAGAUGCAAAUGAUGUAGUUAUUACUGUUCCCUUUGAUUUUGGAGAAAAGCAAAAAAACGCUCUUGGGGAAGCAGCCAGAGCUGCUGGGUUUAAUGUUUUGCGGUUAAUCCAUGAACCAUCUGCAGCUCUUCUGGCUUAUGGAAUUGGACAAGACUCCCCCACUGGAAAAAGCAAUAUUUUGGUGUUUAAACUUGGAGGAACAUCCUUAUCUAUCAGUGUCAUGGAAGUUAACAGUGGAAUCUAUCGUGUUCUUUCAACAAACACUGACGAUAACAUUGGAGGUACACAUUUCACAGAAACCUUAGCGCAGUAUCUAGCUUCCGAGUUUCAGCGAUCCUUCAAACAUGACGUGAGAGGAAAUGCCCGAGCCAUGAUGAAAUUGAUGAACAGUGCUGACAUUGCAAAGCACUCUCUGUCAACCUUGGGGAGUGCCAAUUGUUUCCUUGACUCAUUAUAUGAAGGUCAAGAUUUUGACUGCAAUGUGUCCAGAGCAAGAUUUGAACUUCUCUGUUCUCCACUUUUUAAUAAGUGUAUAGAAGCAAUCAGAGAACUCUUAGAACAAAGUGGAUUUACAGCAGAUGAUAUCAACAAGGUUGUCCUUUGUGGAGGGUCUUCUCGAAUCCCAAGGCUACAGCAACUGAUUAAAGACCUUUUCCCAGCUGUCGAGCUUCUAAAUUCUAUCCCUCCUGAUGAGGUUAUCCCUAUUGGUGCAGCUAUAGAAGCAGGAAUUCUUAUUGGGAAGGAAAACCUUUUAGUGGAAGACUCUCUUAAGAUAGAGUGUUCAGCCAAAGACAUUUUAGUCAAGGGAGUUGAUGCAUCAGGAGCCAACAGUUUCACAGUACUGUUUCCAUCAGGGACCCCUUUGCCAGCUCGUAGACAACACACGUUACAAGCCCCUGGAAGUAUAUCUUCGGUGUGCCUUGAACUCUACGAGUCUGAGGGAAAAAACUCUGCAAAUGAGGAAAACAAAUUUGCACAGGUUGUACUCCAGGAUUUAGAUAAAAAGGAAAAUGGAUUACGUGAUAUAUUAGCUGUUCUUACUAUGAAAAGGGAUGGAUCCUUACACGUGACGUGCACAGAUCAAGAGACUGGAAGAUGUGAAGCCAUCACUGUUGAGGUGGCAUCUUAGUGUUGUAGGGAAACCAUGAUCCUUUAGAACUAGAAUAUCAACUGUAUUUGGUUUUGUUUAUAAGUGAUGUUUAUAUAUAAAAUACUUUUUGAAUGAACUGUAUUAUCUAUGUUUCUGUUAAACUACAAUAUAUUGGUAAGUGUUGCAACUUUUUUUAUUUUCCAUUUAAGAUGAAGCAUGAUUAGUGGAAAUAUAAGGAACUUUUCUAUCGUGAAGCUUUCUAGAAUUAAAUUGUUUAAGCGGAGUGAAGGAAAUUUUACUGGAAAAUUAACGUUUUAAAAUUUUUUGUUUCUAUAACUUCUAGUUUUAAAUCUUUUAUUAAUUCUUAUUAGAUAGUUAACUAAGAGAAAAAUGUGAAGUUUUUGAUAUUAAUUGAAAAACAAUCGCAGAACCAUGUGCAAAGAUGGCGUUUUUGCUUAAAAGCAAAAAGUAAACUCAAACUCAACAAUUCUUCCAAGGUAUGCAUGUGACACACACAGAGAAAAGGGUAGAAGGCUAGACACCAGAGGCGCUUUGACUUUUUUGAUUUUAUUUGGUUUGGUUUUUCUUUCUAACAAACAUGUUUUCUUUUGAAAUUAAAAGAUUUUUUGUGUGUUUUGAAGAGAGGGCUAGCCAUGUUCAUUUUGUCAGAGAGCAUUCACUAGUGCAUUGAGAUGCUCAGUGGGUUACUAAUGAAAAAGCUUAUCCUCUAAGUAAAACAGGACAGCUGAUCUGUGUAUUGAGGGAAGAGCUGGGAGGUGAGCAGUGACCAUGAGACUCAGGAUUUUAUUACCAAGAGAGGAUUGUCUAUCAUUUCUCUCGUUAUUUCCCAGCAGACUUGAGAAGAGGAAAUAGCUUUAUUCGGUGGUAAAAUUUAAAAACUGUGCUGUUUUAUACCCUUUUGAUUAAGACUGAAUACUUCUUAGGAUCUUUUCCUUGAGAAGGAAUUUUUCCCUCUCUUUGUUUGAAAUAAAAUAAAGAUAUGUAUAAGCCAUUAAGCUCUUUCAGAAAAUAGGAAAAUACCAGCUGAACUAGUAGUUGAACUGCUGAGUCUAAAUGCUUUCAGUUAUGCUCUGGAAAAGUCGUUUAGCAUUUUAUUUUGUAGCUAUUGUUAGCUCUUUGAUCUAGAUCAGGAGUUGGCAAACUAUGGCCAAUGAUCUAUCAGUUCUACCCUAGACCUAGUUUUGUAAAUAAAAUUUUAUUAGAAUAUAGCCACACUCCAAAGUAUACGUAUUGUUUGUGGCUGUUUUCCCACUGUAUGGCAGAAUUGGGUAGUUGUAGCACUGUGUGGCCCACAAAGCUUAAAAUAUUGUCUGGCCCUUUACGGGAAAAGUCUGUCAACCCCUGAGGUAGAUUAUUGAAACUUAUAGCCUAAAAUAUCAUAAGGAUUUAUUCAAGAGUUUGAUUUUCUUCCAUAUCCAUGUAAUACUUAUUUGACUGCUUUCUCCACUAGAUUAUUAAGCUUUGUGAGAGCAGACUGCCAGUCUUAGUCACCAUUAUGCCCCAGCCCCUAGGACAAUACCUGAACUUAGGUGUCAGUAAAUGUCUAUUGAAUAAGUGAAUUAUAUGGAAGAAAACAUAACAGUGCCAUCUUUGUAUUCUACAGGACAAUAGCCAGUAAGUAUAUCUUUUGCAUAUUUUAUGGUUUGUUUAGAAACACAAUAAAAAAGGAAAGGAAUACCACUA